UUAAUAUAUUUGUGAAUUGUUAUUUUAGGUAGGAAUUCCUCCUGCUCCUCGUGGUGUUCCUCAAGUUGAGGUUACUUUUGACAUUGAUGCUAAUGGAAUUGUUCAUGUGUCUGCACGUGACAAGGCUACUGGUAAAGAACAAAACAUUGUUAUUCAAUCUUCUGGUGGUUUAAGCAAAGACGAAAUUGAAAACAUGAUUAAGAAUGCUGAGAGGUAUGCUGAAGAAGAUAAAAUCAAGAAGGAAAGAGUAGAAAUAGUCAAUCAAGCUGAAGGUAUUAUCCACGACACUGAGUCAAAAAUGGAUGAAUUUAAGAGCCAACUUCCUGAGGAAGAGGUUACAAAUAUAAAAACUAAAAUUUCUGAAGUAAGGCAGUUAAUUACUAAUAAAGACCAGGAGUCUCCAGAAACAAUUAGGAAAGCCAUGCAGGAGUUGCAACAGUCAUCUUUGAAACUAUUUGAAGCUGCAUAUAAGAAGAUGGCCAAUGAGAGGCAAUCCAGCUCUGGCAGCGAAAGCACCACUGACAGUACCACGGAUGAAAAAGAGGAAAAGGAAAAGAAAGAAGAAAAGAACUAAAACAUUUGCGUAAAAUUUUAAGUGCAAAUAAUGAACUGAUUUAGCGAAAAUAAAUUAUUCAUCUGCUGCUUGUGCUUUGCCAUGUACAACAUCGACUGCCAUGUCUGACACUGGAUGUUGGGUAUAGCAAGAAUCACUUGCAUUGUAUCAUAGGUCAUCCAAGAUUGUGUAGAUACUAAAAUUAUUAUAAAUGUGACGUCAUUUUUAUUUUACAAAAAUAAAUAAGUUGAAAUUAUUA